AGCUCGUCAGCUGCUUUCAUUUUGGGGUUUGCGUUGGAAGAGCGCCAACAGUUUACUGUUAGGGUUCUCAAUACUUUUAAGCGUGUCCGCCUUUUCUAGACUGCUGUGUCCGCCUCGUGCUGCCGACCUCUGCCUUUCAAUCCGUUUCAUGUGUCUCCCAGUCUGGACUGCUGUGUCUGCCUUCUGACAACUCCUUAGUCCAGUUGGCCAGCAAUUCUUUACAUUCGCCUCCCAGUCUGCGCUAGUAUGCGCCUGGUGGAAGCUCCUCGAUAGCCGUUCUAUACAUUUGGUGCCCAGUGGGCUAGCGUCCUUCUUGGCAACUCCUUAGUAGCAGGUCUCGAAGCCUGGGCUAGCGUUAGAUUUGUCUCUGAGCGGGUUCCUUUUUCUGGCUUUCAAUGUGUUUCCAGUUUUGGGCUACUUUGUACGCCUGGCAACUCUUUGGUAGCACUUUACAUUCCUCUCCACCUUGUUGAGUGACGGCGGCCAACUUGUUGGGGUGUAUGGUGUGUAUUUUUGUAUCACGAAUAUCGCUACUAGGUUGGAGGCCAUCGCUUGUUAGGUUGGAGGCCUUCUCUACCAGGUUAGAGGCCAUCGCUUGUUAGGUCGAAGGCCAUUGCUACCAGGUUGGAGGCCAUCGGUCUUAGGUUGGGGGCCAUCGCUCUUAGGUUGGAGGCCACCGCUUCUAGGUUGGAGGCCAUUGCUAUUGGGUUCCCAUCGUUUCAUUAACUUCAUGGACAAGCGGUGGCUUCCCUGGCGCAAAGGUGCCGAAAGGGGCCCAAAGGUAUGUUCAAACUCUCAGCUUUAAAGGCAAUUCAGUGACCAGCUGCACAGGUUGGGCAGUUUGCCAAUGUUUGCCAAGGCCAUGGAGACUCAAGCAAACCUAUUUGGCAAAGUUCGAAAAUCUCUUGGAUGGCCUCCUUUUGUUGUGAUGAUGGCAGGUCACUAAGUCGUGCCGAUUCACCAGACCAAAUGCCAGCUGAAAAGCAAUUCAUCUAAACCGACGUCAACGUUGAAUUCCACGCUUGGUGUAGAGUAUUCUUUUGUGUCAACUUUGAAGCAGAAUGGCUUCAACCGUAUCGAACAGGCGCAUUUUGGUUUGAGAUUGACCCACAAUUUAGAAACGAUUGGAAAGGACCCGCUAGACAUCGCAGUAGAUUGAUGCUUGGCGGGGGCGAGCGGCUUUCAAUUCGACGCAAGCUUUGCCUUCGCUGAGGCGUGAUCUGACAGGCAGGAUUUGGCCGAGUCUCCGCUAAAAGGCUCAAGGCUCGCUUGCUGCAACCAGUUUCAGGAGUGGGUAGUGAGCGCGCGCUCUACCUUGAGGUACAAGGAGCGUUUACUAACGUGGUGGUUGAAGCGGAGGGAUUUCGGCUAACGCUCGAGAGGCAACGCUUGCAAAGUCCAAGAAGGUGUGGGCCUUUGAAUCAGACAGCCGACGCCUAUAGGGAGUCCAGACCGGCUGGCGGCUGACGAUGAAAGCCUCUUUCUCUGCAGAAAAUAUUGGCUUUUCAUUAAAAAAAUCACCUGGCCGGACCUGGCGCUGCCCAAGACCGGCUGCAGUUGCCGGCGGUCAGCAGGCCGUUCGAGGAUUCAGUUGGAUAGAGCGUGGCCUGAGGCUGGUGGACCUUUGAGACCUGCCCGUCAUGACCAAGCUCCAGCAACAAAGCCACUGCCAGUGGCACCCUGCAACUCUUGGCACUUCGAGCAUGAUGUUUUGACGGAGCAAUUGUAGAGCCCUCUCUUGCUGGGGCACCUUGUCGAGCCAAACAUCGUCUUUGCUAACCAUGAGCUUGCCCAACGGCGGUGACCAGUAGAGGCCCGUCUCACAGCAGCGCAUUCAGAGGCAGCGGGCCUUGAACGCAGCGAAAGGUUUGGCCAAGGAUGCGCGCAGGAAAGCUCUGCUGCGCGAGCCUUGCAGAGAGAGUAGCGUAUAUAUAUUGCCCCUUGCGCAGCUAUGUGUAUAUAUUGAUAUAUAUAUAUAUAUAUAGAUGAAAGCAGGAACUUGUCUGUGUUCUAUCGACAGCAUGGCGUGCACGAUGUCCUUGGUGUCAGGCCGUUCAGACCUCAUGCUGACCUGGACCAUUUUAGGUUCCGGGGCCUUUCUUUGGCGCGUAAGUCACGCCCUGAUCUUACUUUGACGUCAGCCGUACUGCAUUGCAGAAAAGAGUGUGUUGCAAAUCACGUGGGCUGAAGUCAGGCGCUCAGCCACAUGUAUCUAUGGCUCAGCCGUUCUGUGUGCAACGCGCGCUUUCAGUGGCACGCUGAACUUUCAAGUCUAUUGCGCUUGGCAACCUUUGUGUCAUAUCCAUGUGAGUUCGGCCCUUUGGAGCCGAGAAUCGGACCGGGAGACUAUGGAGUGUCCCUUAGCUGCGCGUACAAAGUUAAGAGGAAAUUGCGUGGCUUGAAGGCAAUCUUUCGCGUGUAACAUCAGUUGAUCCAUUAUAUGUGGCGCAAAACUCUUUCGUUUCGAAAAAGGAACUCACGCUUUCAGUCGCUCACCAAUUGUACUUUUAUGUGUCGCUUUUCAUAUUUUGAUAUGCCGGUACUUGAAUGAGUGCAUGGGCCUGCCUAGGGAUGUCGAACUUCCACCAUUGUUCUACUUGCCAACGUUGCGUUGCCAACUUUGAUCAUCACUGUGGCGUUUUUGGACGCUGCAUUGCAGGGAGAGGAUUUGGUGGAAACAUGGGAUUCUUCAAAACGAUCAUUGCUAUGGCAAUGGCCGGCGCUGUCACAUGCUUUGCGAGCGUCAUUGUACUCCUGAUCAAGCAGGAGGAGGGGUCGCUUCUCGCUGUGAUCCUCUUGGCCUAUAUGACCCCGGUCUUUCUUGGGUGCUGCGUUCUGUUAUGCAGCAUGAUGUGGCCGGAGACACUUGCCUUGAACUCCAAAGUGACAAUUCUGCACUAAAUGUUUCUGUGCAACUUUGGGAUUGAGGCAGGGCUGCUGUUCAAGUGGCUAUGCCAGGGUGGUCCAGGAGGAUGGGAACCCGAUUGGCCAAAGCGCCAUGACCAUUGGUGCAUCAACCGAAAUGCGUGACGCAAAGGUCGCCUAGAGCGAAGGAGAAAAGUCACGCUCGCCUAGAGCGAGUUGAUAUAAACGGAAACUAGUUGAUGUCCUGGUCGAGGCCAUUGAUGUGGGGAUCACUCAAAGUAGUUGCUGUCCGUGCAAGCGAAUCCGAAGGCGAAUGAGGAAAUUGUUGCGGGAGUGCCAUGGUUCAAUCCGUACGUGCCGCUUCUUGAGUUCAAUCCAAGCUUUUGUCUCAGCUGUUCUUCGGUGUUUGAAGCAGGUGCCAACAAGCAAAAUGCAAUUCGUUUGUCGUGGCUAUUUGGGUUCAGACAGAUUGAAACGACCACAGCCG